AUACUAUAAAACCAUUUAAUUUUUGUUACUUAAAAAAAAUCAUUCGUCUUUUGAAUCGUUUCCUAUUUACAACAGCCAUGGAUAAUAAUAAUGACAAAUGCAAUGAUAAAAAUGAUAAUUUUGAAAUCAUAUAUGACACUUUUCAGAUGAAAAAAAGCCAAGAUGGACGAUUACAAUUACCGAAUAAAAAUCUGACAAAUCUAAAAUCGGAUACAUUAUAUCAUUUGGGAAUGAGCACAGAUACACAUAAUUUUGAACAAAUGUUCGGUGAUAUUAAAUUUGUUUGCAUGGGUGGUACGAAAAGCCGAAUGUUUGAAUUUGCUAAAUUGGCUGCCCAUGAAUUAAAUAUAACGGAACCGCAAAUUGUUGAUCUGAUUGGUAGCCCUAAUCGAUUUUCGAUGUACAAAGUUGGACCGAUUAUUUCCGUAUCGCAUGGAAUGGGUAUUCCUUCGUUAUCGAUAUUGAUCCAUGAAAUUCUGAAAUUGCUUCAUCAUGCUAAAUGUACAAAUGUUACAUUGUUUCGAAUUGGCACAUCGGGUGGAAUUGAUGUUCCAGCGGGCACAGUAGUUAUUACCGAAAAAGCUGUCGAUGAAUUAUUACGGCCUUUUUAUGAGCAGCGGAUUUUUGGCAAAAUAGUUCGUAGACUGGUUGCUUUCAAUCAAAAUUUGAUUAAAGAAUUGAAACGAAUCGCACAAUCACAAAACAAUCAAGGAUUUCAAACGAUAACGGGUACGACAAUGUGUGCAAAUGAUUUUUAUGAAUCUCAAUUACGAAUCGAUGGAGCUAUUUGUAAUCAUACUAUGGAUGAUAAAUUUGAAAGGCUAAACUAUUUAAAAAAAGCCGGCGUUGUCAACAUCGAAAUGGAAUCACUUGUGUUCGGAUCAAUGUGUCACUAUGUUAAUGUUGAUGCUGCUAUCAUUUGUGUUACAUUGGUUAAACGAACUGAUGGUGAUCAAGUUCGAGUUGAUAAACAGGAUUAUCAUGAAAUGCAACAACGACCACAAAGAUUAGUAAUGGAUUUUAUCAAACAACGUUUGGCGAUUAACCAUAACAAUAGUAACCAUCAUUCUAAUGAUAAUAAAUGAUAACAAAAUUAUUAUUCGAUUUUAUUAUAACAAUUAUUUUUUUGACCAAGACAAAUUUUUAAUUGUUUUAUAAAUU